AUGGGAGACGCCGGGAGCGAGCGCAGCAAAGCGCCCAGCCUGCCGCCCCGCUGCCCCUGCGGCUUCUGGGGGUCCAGCAAGACUAUGAACCUCUGUUCCAAAUGCUUUGCUGAUUUUCAAAAGAAACAACCAGACGAUGAUUCCGCUCCAAGUACAAGUAACAGCCAAUCAGAUUUGUUUUCCGAAGAGACCACCAGUGACAACAACAAUACCUCUAUAACCACGCCAACUCUUAGUCCCAGCCAGCAGCCGCUUCCGACAGAACUGAAUGUAACUUCACCAAGUAAAGAGGAGUGUGGGCCAUGCACAGACACAGCUCAUGUCUCGUUAAUCACACCAACCAAAAGAUCCUGUGGUACAGAUUCACAGUCUGAGAAUGAGGCUUCACCAGUGAAACGGCCACGACUACUGGAGAACACUGAACGACCUGAGGAAACCAGCCGAUCUAAGCAGAAGAGUCGACGUCGGUGCUUCCAGUGCCAAACCAAACUGGAGCUGGUGCAGCAGGAACUGGGAUCGUGCCGCUGUGGUUACGUGUUCUGCAUGUUACAUCGCCUCCCCGAGCAGCAUGACUGUACGUUUGACCACAUGGGCCGAGGCCGGGAGGAAGCCAUCAUGAAAAUGGUGAAGCUGGACCGGAAAGUGGGGCGCUCCUGCCAGCGCAUUGGGGAGGGGUGCUCGUGA